AAGGACUGGAGAGGGGCGGGGCUUCGUUGGAGGCAAAAGCUCUGAAAGACUCUGUCGUUGUUGGCAAGGAAAACCAACACUCAAGUUGCAAGUUAGCAGAACUUAACUGCAAAGAAGACACGCAAUUACCCGAAGAGAGCACAGGCAAUCUGUGACAACUCCUGAAAAGUAUCCUUUUGAGAUUGCAAACAUGGAUGGAGGGGAAGACCAAAACACAAGCAACACCAAUGGAAAUCCUCAGACAAGUGGGAACUCCCGAGCACCUCAGAUAGCCCGCAUGUCCUUAUAUGAGAGGCAAGCUGUGCAGGCUCUCCAGGCAUUGCAGAGACAGCCUAAUGCAGCUCAGUACUUCCAACAGCUCAUGCUGCAGCAGCAGAUCAAUAAUGCUCAACUCCACAACUUGGCUGCUGUGCAACAGGCCACACUUGCAGCCAGUCGCCAGUCCAAUACUCCAAGUAAUAACAUGUCCCAGGUGCCCACCACCGUCAAUCCAAGCACCGCAUCUUCAUGUGUGACUAUGACCAGCCCUCGUCCACAUGGCCCAGCUACCUCUGCCACAUCAACACCUCUAAAUCAGUCUGUGCUACUGGGUGGGAACUCGACAGGACAGGGACAGAUGUAUCUUAGAGUCAACCGUUCUCUUAGAGCCCCACUUGCCUCUCAGCUGAUAUUCAUGCCUGGCGGUGCAACAGCUACGGUUGCAGCAGUUGCCCAGACCCAGCCACAGCCCCAGCAGCAGCAGCAGCAGCAUGAAGCUGCCUCCACGGCAGCGAACGCCCAGUCUGACAGUGAUCAGGUGCAGAACUUGGCUCUACACUGUGCUUCCACCCCCAAAGCGGCUGCUGUCAAGUCUGAGCUUCCUGAGAGGAAAGAUGCUGCCAGUUUUCCUCUCACUCAGCAGCAGCAACAGACUUUCCCUCAGGCUGCUCAGCAACAGCAAGUACAACAGCAAAUGGCAAAACCCAGCUUUAAUCAGCAGGCCGGCACCAACCCAAUGACUGUCAAGACUGGAAACCAGGCGGCUAUGACUGUCACUCCUGCUGCCUCGGUGGCUCCCUCCUCCUCUUCCUCGUCCUCUCCCGCACUUCCUCUGUCCCAGCUCCUUCUGUCCCCCUCUGCUGCUCCUGUAAUCCUGGUUCCCACAUCAAAUGUCACUACUUCCACCCAGGGCUACCCGAUCGGCUCAGUGACGCCAAAGGCCAACAUCAACACGCAGACUCUGGUGGUGCAGCCGCUGCAACAGGCCAGCGCCAAUUUAGAGAAAGGCCCCGUUCCCAUCCAGCCAAAGACGGCUCAGGGCCACCGCCUACCUGUGCAGCUUCCCCCUCGACACCCGCCUCCCAUUCUCCCAGCUCCACCUAGCAACAGUCAGGCCGUCACGGGGGGUCACAACCCCCCCCACAUCCCCGUGCAACUGGUGGGAGCCAGGCAGAGCUUAGCAGGAAACACGCAAGCUGUGGCCUUGGCCCAGGCACGAAACAGCCCAGUCCAGGAAGGUCCAUGUGGCGGGAAUGUUGGCACACUCUGCAGCAGCAGUGCUGCGUCGAAGCCUGUCAUCGGCUCUUUGAAGAGAAAAUCUGACUGUGAUGCACCAAAUGACAUGACCGAAUCUUCAGAUUCUGCACCCAUGAAGGAUUCGGCUCCUCCUUUAUCUCCUGCCCCAACAAAGGACUUGGCUCUUUCUGUUGAAGCUGCAUUCUCAUCUCCCCCCACCCUUUCCUUGCCUCUGCCCAUAUCAAGAGUCGGGCACGGAGACAAAGACAGAGCGCCCGUUCCCCAGGCAGUGGUCAAACCUCAAGUCCUUACUCAUCUCAUAGAGGGCUUUGUUAUUCAGGAGGGAGCUGAGCCCUUCCCUGUCGCUGGGCUCCUCAAAGACAGAGAUUUUGCCUUGGUCGGCCGCACAGAGAACGGCCCUCCAUUGCUGAAGUGCGAGUACUGCGGAUGUCUCGCUCCAGCCAGUCAGUUCAGAGGAUCAAAGAGGUUCUGUUCUAACACUUGUGCAAAGAGGUAUAAUGUGAGCUGCAGCCAGCACUUCAAAAGCAGCAGAGGGAGAAAUGCUGCUGGGCAGGCGCCCCCUCCAGCUCCCACAGAGAGCUCAGCCCGGCGCAGGGGCCCGGCACGGAGGUCAAGCUCUAAUAGCACCUAUAAUAAGAUAACAAGCAAGCAUAUUUCUGUCAAGUGUCACUCGGAGUCCAGCCGCUCAGAGGACGUAACCAGUGAUGGGGAAGAGGAGGACGAUUCUCCCUCACUGUCUCCAAGCUCCUCCAACUCCUGCACCAGAGCUGGCCACAGUGCUCCCCAGUCCGACAGCUCAGCGCCUGGGAGCCUCCCAGUAGAGGGCGCUAACUUCCUGUCUGCGACUCCUGCUCAGUGGAGUGUGGAGGAGGUCUGCAGGUUUAUUUCCUCACUGCAAGGUUGUGAGGAGUUGGCGGCCCAGUUUCUCUCACAGGAAAUAGACGGACAGGCUUUGCUGCUUUUGCGAGAAGACCAUCUAAUCUCCACCAUGAAUAUCAAGCUGGGGCCAGCUCUAAAGAUCUGUGCCUCCAUUAACAGUCUGAGGGAGUAAAGAUUGUCUCUCUUCUUAAAUCUCGCUGGAAUCAACACUUGGAAUCUAAAAGAGUAAGACUGAGAUACUCUGACCAUACAGAUGCUUUUUUCUUUUAACAUUUUCUCCCACAACAGGGAUGCCAGGUCACUCAUGUGAAUGUUUGUAGAAGGAGAGUUUUUCUAUCCACAUACUGAAUGUGCAAGAUACAGAUUCCAUACGGUUUAGUGUGAAUGGUGAGUGCCUAACACAACAAACUGUCACUAGUGUUCAUGCAUCCUUUUCUGUCUCUGUGACUAAGAAAACUUUAUACGUAUAUUUAUACAUAUACACUAGAGAAACUGCAAAUCUCUGAGCUCGCCAGGUUUUUGGGGGCUAAAGCAGUUCAGCUGUUGGUCAAAAAAAGAAAUGUUGCCUUUUAGCUGAAAUUUCUGAAGGUGCUUUAACUUUACUAGAUUUGAUGCCAUCAGACAGUUACUUUUAUAUUGUUAGUAUUUUUUUACAGUGCUGUUGUGUUUGUUUUUUUACAAAGUUCGACCCAGGCUUCAAUCGCAAAAUGACACUUGACAAGCUUGGUAUUCUUUAGUAGGCUGUUUUAGCAAUUAUUAAAAGUUUAGUUUUGUAUUUUUUCCAUUUUGUAGGACAAUCUGAUAUUUUUUUCAUGGAAACUAAAUAGUUUUAGUAGCUUUAAUCAAUUUAACUUCCUGGAAAAUAGGCAUUCCUCAAGGUUUCCUCUCUGAAGGGAUGAACUGAAGUGCUCUUUGUACAUGUAUGCAGUACUAUCAAUAAACAGUAUCUGUUACUGGACCUGCAUGCCUGCCAUUCAUUGCACACCACCGUUG